AUGUGUAAUCAAUAAAUUGAGCCAACAAUUAUGUGAUCAGAAAAGAAAACAAUUAUAUUUUCUUCUAUUGAACUAAUUACAAGUGUAGUGGACAACAGGCUUUAUGUCAUCGCCUUGUGACCGACGCGAUAACUGGCCGCUAUCAAGCAACACAGUUUGAUUGUUUAUGUAAAUCACUAGUAAUUUAACCCCAGAGAGAUGAAGACACUUGAAAAUAUUAUAAUUUAUUUAAGUGUUGUAUAAAACUUGAGUUUCUAGAACAAAGAAGACUAACGAACAGAAUAAAAAUAAAUUAUUUUUUAAAUCUAGUGUCAAAGUCAACUUAUUAGAGUAGGUAGUGUAGAAAUUAACAGUGCACAAGUUGGUGAUAUUGGUAACUGGCAAAGCGUGAGUGGUGCUUAUGAAUGGAGGGUGCCAACAUGGCGGAGGGACGGGUGAUGGGGCGACGCUUUGUGCUAACACUGGUGAUCGGGAUAUCGGCAGGUUUUAGUUUUGCCUACAUUCUGUUAACGUCGGCCGGAGUCAACCGGGACGUGGCCUGGUCUGUUUACAGAGAAUCAUCACGAGAUCUGGACAGGCACCCAAUAGUGAACGUGGUCGAACACAGCAGCGAUGAGCCCGUCCACCGUGAUGAGGACCGCUCCGUGGCCGACGAGCUCGCUAAGCGGGUCAGGGUUCUGUGCUGGGUGAUGACGCAGCCCAGCAACCACCAGAGGAAAGCCAGACAUGUAAAAGCGACGUGGGGGAAGCGGUGCAACAAACUUCUGUUCAUGAGCACCGCUGAAGACAGCUCCCUGCCCGCCGUGAAGCUUCCAGUGCACGAAGGUCGGGAGUACCUGUGGGCCAAGACGAAGGCGGCCUUCCGCUACGUGUACGAACAUCACCGCAGAGACGCCGACUGGUUCCUCAAAGCUGACGAUGAUACAUAUGUGGUGGUGGAGAAUCUCCGUCAUAUGCUGUCGGAGCACGAUAGCUCGGAGCCGAUAUACUUCGGGUGCAGAUUCAAACCGUUUACACCACAGGGCUACAUGAGCGGCGGCGCCGGGUACGUGCUGAGUCGUGAGGCUUUGGAGAGGUUUGUGAACAAGGGGCUCCCCUCACCGCACCUCUGCAAGGCGAGCGACCACGGCGCUGAAGACGCCGAGAUGGGUAUCUGCAUGGAGCACAUCGGCGUGAAGGCUAUGGACUCGCGAGACGCUCUCCACAGAGGGCGCUUCUUCCCCUUCGUGCCCAAAACUCAUCUUUUUCCAAACAGGGACAAGAGCUUCUGGUACUGGAAGUACAUAUACUAUCCGACAGAUGAGGGGCUGGACUGCUGUUCCGACCACGCGGUGUCGUUCCAUUACGUGGAGCCUGAGCAGAUGUACGUGUUGGACUACCUCAUAUACCACCUGCGGCCGUACGGCGUUCGAUACGGAGCGGCGCGGGACGAUCACAACCGCUCACACACCCCCUACUAAUCAAGGGGGGUUUACCUGUAUAUAAAUGAAAGUGAUUCCAUUUUAACGACACAUACAAAUAAAUGACAGCUAUAUUAUGAGACAUUCCAUCAAAGAGGAUAUAAAUACUACGUAAUAAGAGUCGGGACCGCGUGAAUAGUAAUUACAAUAUGGCGACUAAGUAUAUAUAAUCCGGCUAUGUUUCAAAGCGAAGAGUUGCUUAAAACGUAGAGGAUUUCACUUAUCUCCGUUUUUUACAAGAAUAAUCUUGUUCACGGCUAUAAAGCCACCAUUUGUUAAUCUAUCAAUGACUGCAUGUUUCAUACAAUUGCAUACAAUCGCUUUUUUCUUAGAGAGUUUCGCAAGGCUGCAUUCUAUAAUCUGACGAUCGUAGUGCGAUUAGAUUGGGGCGUUAUCACUGUACGCUUUAUGAGAUGCGUUUCGACUCGGAUUAUUUCCUUUAUGGGCAUCUGAUUCGCGCCGGUAUUAUAUUAUAUAUCAGGGUUUAUUCUGAAACAUACGCAUCCCAUAAUACCAUAGUUUGCAUAGUUAGUUACCAAAGUUAUCAUAGUUAUGUUCAAAAUGUUUUCUUACCGAGUUCAAUCUCAACACAGAGACAAAGCUCAGAUUUUGAUUUCAACAAUCAUUUCACGACUUUGUCAUAAAUUUUUCAUAUUUGUUUAGUAUCACUUCAAGGACAAAUAUGUUUGGGGAAAUAUGUAGGGGCGUUAAAAUAUUGCUUGUGUUUACUGGACUAGUCAUCUACUAGGUUAAGUUAGAUAUUUACAGCCUUACAAAUAAAACUUGGUAUAAAAUAUACCUGAGAAUAAACAAAGAAUAUGCCAAAUGUUGACACUAUAUCGCUGACAACACAACAACAAUUAUUCUGAAUUUUUCCGAAUGUCAGGUAGCCUUGCAAAUAAACGCGGGAUAUGUACUACAUAAUAAGCAAAAUGUCUUUUUGUAAACAUUUUUCAUAUUCUUGGUUAAUUCUGAUUUAUAAUUUUAUAGCAAGUUUAACUGUCAGGCCGCUUGAGUUCGCGAAGCAAUACAAUUUUGGGCGAUGACCGAAUACACCUGUCUCUGUCACUUGCUUGCAAUUAUUAUCUCUGUCUCGUUCAUACCAGGGGCUAAGGUUAUUAACCGAAAUUAUCAUUGUUUUGCGACUACACAGUGCGAUAUGCGUACUAUAUCACUGCAUAAUAUAUAGUAUAACAUAUUAUUUAAUAUAUUUAUAUAAAAUUGCGUUUGUAGUAAAGUAAGGUAGUAAAUUUGUAUAGGACUUUACAAAUUUAAUAUAUUCCUAUUAAUUUUAAGAUUGUGUAGUAAUAUAAAAUAUGUAUUAACAUUUGUAAACAAUUUGUUAUAUUUUGAACUGAUAACCCUCACUUCUGGGAUUAAUUGCACAAAAUAAAUUUGAAUUCAAAAUAUAUGAACGAUGCGGGACUCGCACCCGAGAUAUCAACGAUAAGCAACUCGAACGGUUGGCUCAGUGAAAAAAGCGUUCGCACGGAACGCGAGUGGCCUCGGGUUCGAGUCCCGCAUUCUUUAAUAAAUUUUGUUCUCAAAUUUAAUUUGUGCAAUAAAAAUUUAAAGUAAUCGAGAACUGAAUAGGUUUUUCAUGCAUUUGAAUAAAUUAAUGCAAAAUAUUGUUAAUGUUUCCAAAUAUUAACAGACAGAAAAUAUUUAGACGGAAGUUGUUAUAUAUAUAUGUUGUGAAUAUAUAAGUUUCGGGUUUUUAAUUCUGCAUUUUUCAAACCCAACAAUGUAAAAGACAUAGUUAUAUAAUAUUUAUAUUAAGUUAUUAUUUUUUAGUUAAAUAGCACUAGUCUUACUGAAAGCAAUCCAAAGAUUAUCGUAUAAGUACGUAAAUGACUGCAUAUGACGCAUGUUUGUGAUAAUUGUAAUGAUAAAAGACCAUUAAAACCAUGCACGUCACUUAACAGACACAUGUGACACUCCAUGUUCAGUCUUAAGGUACGGGCGCAGUGAUAUGUAAACGGAGUCAUGGUGCACCACGUACACCUUAGUGUUUCCAAUUUUUGGUUGCUAUUGAGGCUGCAUAAUAUUUUUGCUCCAUAAUAAAUAACAAUAAAUUAAAAAUACUUUUUAAGUUUAUAAAUACAUCAUAAAAUAACAAUAAGUAUUAUGUUAUCCAAAAUUCUAAAUAGCAAGUUGGUCCACUAUUACAAACAAAAUGUGCGUAUGUGAAAUCUCGCUUCGUUGAACAUAAAAAUAAUAUGUUACUGUUUUGCAUUGAGGCUGAGAUCUAUAGACCGAACUUGUUCAGUCUCGUGCCAGAUUAUGGCGAGACAACACGUACUGAUGAUGCCUCGUGUAGAGGCGAAACACGUGUCGAAUUGUUUAAAAACAAUUAACACUAAAGAAAACUUAAAACAUUUGUAUACGAACUUGUAAAACUUAUCUGAUUAUGAUAUAACGCGAACUUGACUUUUGUAUUCGACUGUCAUAUAAAGUUCAGUAUAAUUUAAGCUGUCAAAGGGCUGUAAAAAUGAAACAAAAGAUUUACGUUAAAGUUUUACGUCAGUAUAGUCUAAGUACGCUCUAUUGAUCGGUUUGAAUGUGAACAGUAACACAAUUAUAAAUGAAUAUACGUAAGUUAACGUCACAUUAUAAAUAAGUAAUUAUAUACAUUCAUUUAUGUACUGUAAGCAAUUUUUAUACCUCAGAUUAAGGAUUGAUCUCCGCUGCGCUCCAUCUAUACCGUAUAAACGAUGCCGUGGGCGUAGUCGCAAAGUGUGGCAACUAAUACAACGCCUAAGUGGGCGUACUCGAGCCAGUCUGGAACAAUGUGUGACGUUGGCUUGCCACAUGUUCUGUUAAACUUUGCUAAUAAUGGAAACUAGAAUGCCGGGUUGCGUAGUAUAACUUUGUAAAAAUAAUACUACAAGCAAUAAGAAAGACACUGGUUUUAGUCAUCAAUAUUUUGUAUUUUAUUUAUUUCAAGGCUAAAUAACACAAAGCGUAUGUUAAAAAAUUUGAAAGAUGCCAUUGAGUGUCAAGAUGCCACGUACACAAGCAUAUAAUAGUUGCGGUAAUAAAAGCUAUUGUUCUGAGGUAGUGCGGUAUCUAGUUGCAGCGGAGACCAAUCCUUAAUCUUAGAUAAUGAUAUUAUUAUUUUGGACUAUCAGAAAAUGAUUAUUAUAAAAAUAACAUUCCAAUAGUGAGAUAGCAUUUAAUAUUCACACUCAAGCAAUUGUGUACAAAAUAUUGUAAAGUAUAUAAUUCAGGUAUUCUAUUUCUAUACUACUUCUACAGUUUUUUCAAAGUAAAAUAUAGGCAGCUUAUCACCAAAGUGUUACGAUUCUAAAGUAGUAGCAAGUGAAAAUAAGGUCAGUAUCUAUAUAUAUAAGGAAAAUAUAUAGUAGCUACAAAAAAAACUAAAAAACACGCUUUUUAUAGAAAACCGAAUUAAAAAUUAACACAAAUUCCUGCCUUAUAGACGGUAGAUGAAAAUAAUAUAAAAUAACAAAAAUCUUAUUUUGCAAAUCGAAAAAUGGAAUAAUUUUAUCAAAUUAAUGUAUUGUCAUCGGUUUGAACGAAAUCUGUCUGUUUAAAGUGGGCAAAAUGAGUUGGUUACAAACAAACAUACAUACAGGUGAAGCUAAUAAAAUGCGUGUAAUAACAAGUUUAUUACAAGCAGUUGGCAGUUGCAUACCUAAUAAUAUGUAAUCAAUAUACAUACUUUUAUACAAUAUAUUAAAAUAAUAGAAAUGCUGCUAUAUUAACCUCGUUAAGUAUAAUUUUAUCUUGUAUCUAUCUUCAUGUCUUACAAUAAAACCAAAGAUAAAAAACUCAGGCUUAAAUAUGUUGAAGAAUUACGCUAUAAGCUUAGUUAUUUGAUUUGAAUAAUAUGUACUUUUUAUAUUAUAAUAAAUCUUAUUUUUUGUUGUCAUUGUCCAGUUAAAACUUGAUAUAUUUAUAGGCAAUAUAGAAAAUAAUCAAAUAUGAAAAAGCUAUCAUGCUUUACAUUUAUGUCUUGUCCAAAAUAAUCUACGACACUCGCCUGCGGUUCCGCUUUUUACUUGCCUUAAUUUUUUUAUGCCAUGUAGUUAUUGACGUUUAAUAAACUACUAGUCUCCCAAUCGGCUAUUAAAAGGUCGUCAAAAAAUGUCGGAGCGGCAUCUUACAUUAACUUAUAAACAAAUACAGAAAACAUUAAAACAUUCACUCAAAUUAACACCUUAUUUCGUGGCAGUAAUGUCCAGUCUACUGUAUACGCUCAUUAGAAGCUCAGACGCGAACACGAGGCAAGAACAAUGCUUAGCAAUUGAAAUGUUUUAGAAAAAUGAUUAAAAAUGUCAAAUUCGUUUUGGUAAUUUGAAGGGGUAUAAGUACCCCAGUAACAUGGCAUAUUGUAUUGGACAGUUUUUCACUGAACACUUAGUCAUUGCGUGGCGUUGUAUUCAAAGCGAGGCAAUUAACAACUAAAAGUAAACUCUGCCUAAAAGACACGUAGGCAGUUUUGCUUUAGACAAUUGAGCGCGAUUGUGAGUUACGCCACAAUGCAUAUAGUAUAAAAUUUGAGUGGAAAAGAAUGCCGGCGGUGGGAAAGAGUGGCAACGCCAUUUUAGAUAUUUUUUUCUGGAUUGCUUAAAAUUAUUAGUUUGACAUUUGGAUGAAAAUCGCAGCUAUAUAUUGCGUGAACACCUCCUUUAAAAAAUAUGAUAUUAUUCUGGAGUAUGGUUUUUUUAGCAUUUGUGAUUAUAUUGAAUCUCUCAGUUUAUAUCUUUGAAAAGCUUUUAUAAUAUUUAUAUUAUUUUUCCUACUUUUUUUGCUCAAUUUAUUGUAUUGUGAUUUUAAAUAUAUUUGAAAUUUGGUUUGAA